CUGGAAUUCUUUUCCCUUUGGAAUAAAAAAAACCGGGAGAAGCUCUCGGUGCUCCCGAUCCCCCUUCCCGGGGCUCCGCCAUCGACACCGCCUCGGCCAUGAAUCCAUGAAUCCAUCGGCACCUGGAAAACAAGGCUGGAAAAGCUGGAAAAAACCAGGCCGGGAAAGGCGGAAAAUUCCCAAAUCCAGGGAAAAAAAUUAAUUGAAAUCCCGGGAAAAUAUUAAUUUAAAUACCGGGAAAAAAUUGAAUUAAAUCCUGGAAAAAAAUUGAAUUAAAUCCUGGAAAAAAUUAAUUUAAAUCCAGGAAAAAAUUAAUUUAAAUCCCUGGAAAAAAUUAAUUUAAAUCCCGGGAAAAAAUCAAUUUAAAUCCCAGGAAAAAAUUAAAUUAAAUCCCUGGAAAAAUAGAAAUUAAAGGAUGGGUCGGGAUCCGCCUUGGAAUUCUUUGGGAUUUUCCUGCCUGGUCCUGAGCAGAUCCAGGAUUUCCUUGGCGCAGCUGAUCGAGGCCACGACGGCUCCUCCGAAGCCGAAGCCGGAUCCGGUGACGUCGGAGACCGUGGUGAUCUGGGGGCUGCGCCUCUGGCAGGUGGUCGGGAUCUUCGCCCUCUUCGUCCUCUCCAUCAUUAUCACGCUCUGCUGCCUGUUCAAGUGCCGCAUUCCGCGCACUCGGAAGGAGAUCGAGGCUCGCUACGCCCAGCGCCAGGCGGCCAAAUCCUACGCGGAUAAACUGGAGACGGUGCCGCCCCUCGGGGAGCUCACUGACAUUCCCGGAGCUCAGACGACGGAAGAAAAAAAAGAGGAAGAAAUUCCCACGGUAUCCGGAAAAGUGGAAAAAACUCCGGGAAAAAAGGAGGGAUCCAAAGAUUCCAAGAAAAAAGACGGAGAGAAGGAACAGAAGGAAGAAUCCAAGAAAGACGGAGGCAAAAAAAAAGACGGGAAAGAGGAAAAAGACGGGAAAGGGGAAAAGGAAAAGGGGGAAAAGGAAAAGGGGGAAAAGGGAAAGGAAACGAAGGAAAAAUCCCAAGGGAAAAAGGGGGAAAAAGACGGAGAAGCCGGAAAAUCCAACGGGAAUUCCAAAACUCCGGCGAAAAAGAAGUGAUUUCACGGAAAUUCCAGGAUUUUUUGGGAAUGCUGGGUGAGAUUUCCCGGAUAUUCCCGCAGGAUGGGAUCGGAACCGCCGGGAUUCGGCUCCUCCGAAGGAAAAGCGGGAAUUUGGUGGGAUAAUAAAGGCAAAAAAAAAUGGGAAUGAGAGGUUGGGAAUGAGCAGGGAUGAGGAGCCGAAGGAAAUUGGGAUCGAUCCCGAAUUUUUUCUUUUUCCGGAGGAGCUGGAAAAGUUGGAGAAAGUUUUCCCGGAAUUCUGCAAUUCCUCACGGGGGAUUUUGGGGAUUCCGGGAAAAUCCCAAAAGUUUGGGAUUCUCCAAAGAUUCCAAGAGGUUUUUGGAGAUUUGGGAAUUUUUCCUCCCUUCUCCGGUGCCUUUUUCCCUGGAUUGCUGCAGGGAACAGCCGGAAUUCCGUCUUUUCCAUGGGAUUCAGCCACAUUUUCCCAAUUUUUUCCCAGGAAUUCCGCUCCUCGCUCCUUUCCCGGGAAUUCCCUCAGAACAGUUUGAUUGGGAGCGGUGUUUUCCCGAAUAUUUUGGGAAUAUUCCAGAAAUUUCUGCCUUAAAAUUUCCAGCUUGGGGGGAAGAAUUUAACUCCAGUUUUUUUGGGAAUAGCAGGAAAAAUCUUGGGAAAAUGAAAAUUUGGGAUAUUCUGGAAUUUUCUGUCCCAUAGGGAGAAUUCCAUCCCAUCCUUUAUCCCUGGGAAUGGGAAUUAUUUUUUAUUUCAUUGAUUUGAUUCCAAUUAUUUUCCUGCUGUUUUUCC